AUGCUAUCAUCAGAAAGACAGAGGGAAAAUACAGUGCUUGAACUUCUUUUUAUUUUGAUGUUGCUCUUCUCUGAAUCAACUCUUACCAAGCUAAGCAGGACCAAGGGCAAGCACUGGAAGGGGGGAUCUCGUCUUCGCCAGGAAGACUUUCCUCCACGAAUAGUAGAGCAUCCAUCUGAUGUUAUUGUUUCUAAAGGAGAGCCUACAACUUUGAACUGCAAGGCUGAAGGAAGACCCACUCCCAUUAUUGAGUGGUACAAAGAUGGAGAGCGUGUGGAGACUGACAAAGAUGACCCCCGUUCACAUCGCAUGUUGCUUCCUAGUGGAUCUUUAUUUUUCCUAAGAAUUGUACAUGGACGCAGAAGUAAACCAGAUGAAGGAAGUUAUGUUUGUGUUGCCAGGAACUAUCUGGGGGAAGCUGUGAGUCGUAAUGCUUCGCUGGAAGUAGCAUUAUUACGGGAUGAUUUUCGCCAAAAUCCUACAGAUGUUGUUGUGGCAGCAGGUGAACCAGCUAUCUUAGAGUGCCAACCUCCUCGAGGACAUCCUGAACCCACUAUCUACUGGAAAAAAGACAAAAUCCGAAUAGAUGAUAGAGAAGAGAGAAUAAGUAUACGAAGUGGAAAGCUCAUGAUUUCAAAUACAAGAAAGGGUGAUGCUGGAAUGUACACAUGCGUCGGCACAAAUAUGGUGGGAGAACGGGACAGUGAUCCUGCAGAACUUACUGUUUUUGAACGACCCACAUUUCUGAGAAGACCAAUCAACCAAGUGGUUUUGGAAGAAGAUGUUGUUGAGUUUAAAUGCCAAGUACAAGGCGAUCCUCAGCCAUCAGUUCGCUGGAAGAAAGAUGACAUCGAUUUGCCAAGAGGAAGAUAUGAUAUCAAAGAUGAUUAUACUUUGCGUAUUAAAAAGGCUAUGAGCUCAGAUGAAGGAACAUACACAUGCAUAACUGAAAACAGAGUUGGAAAAGUUGAAUCAUCUGCAACUCUUACAGUUCGAGUUCGUCCUGUUGCACCUCCACAGUUUGUGGUAAGGCCACGUGAUCAGAUUGUUGCCCAGGGAAGAACAGUAACAUUCCCCUGUGAAACUAAAGGAAAUCCUCAGCCAGCAGUAUUUUGGCAAAAAGAAGGCAGCCAGAAUCUUCUGUUUCCGAAUCAGCCUCUCCAGCCUAAUGCCAGGUAUUCUGUGUUACCAACUGGGGAUCUUACUAUCACAAAUAUUCAGCGGGCUGAUGCGGGAUAUUACAUCUGUCAAGCACUCACAGUUGCUGGAAGUAUCUUAGCAAAAGCUCAGCUGGAAGUUACUGAUGUUUUAACAGAUAGGCCUCCACCCAUCAUUCUCCAGGGACCUGUAAACCAGACAUUGGCAGUAGAUGGAACAGCUUUACUGAAGUGCAAAGCUACUGGUGACCCAAUGCCUGUUAUCAGCUGGCUAAAAGAAGGAUUUACUUUUCUUGGCAGAGAUCAAAGGACAUCUAUACAAGAUCAAGGAACUUUGCAAAUUAAACCUUUACGGAUAUCUGACAUGGGAACAUACACGUGUGUUGCCACAAGUUCAAGUGGGGAAACAUCUUGGAGUGCUGUGUUGGAUGUUACAGAAUUUGGAGGAGCAGCAGUUAGCAAAAAUUAUGAUUUAAAUGAUCUUCCUGGCGCACCAUCCAAACCUCAGGUCACUGAUGUCACUAAGAACAGUGUCACCUUGUCUUGGCAGCCAGGCACACCUGGGAACUUACCAACAAGUGCAUAUAUCAUUGAGGCUUUUAGCCAGUUGGUGAGCAAUAGCUGGCAAACAGUGGCUAAUCAUGUUAGAACAAUUCCUUACACUGUGAGAGGACUCCGUCCAAAUACCAUCUACCUGUUUAUGGUGAGAGCUAUCAAUUCACAAGGGUUGAGUGAUCCCAGCACCAUGUCAGAUCCUGUCCGAACCCAAGAUAUCAGUCCACCAGCACAAGGUGUGGAUCACAGACAAGUCCAAAAAGAGCUUGGUGAUGUAAUUGUGCGACUACAUAAUCCUGUUGUGCUUACUCCUACCACAAUUCAAGUGACCUGGACGGUUGAUCGCCAGUCACAGUUUAUUCAGGGUUAUAGAGUUAUGUAUCGACAGACAUCAGGCCUGACUUCCCCUUCUGCAUGGCAGACUAUGGAAGUUAACGUCCCCACAGAACGGAGUACUAUCCUUAUCAAUUUGAAAAAGGGGGUUACAUAUGAUAUCAAAGUUCGUCCAUAUUUCAAUGAAUUUCAAGGGAUGGACAGUGAAUCAAAAUCUGCACGUACCACUGAGGAAGCCCCUAGUGCUCCUCCACAAUCUGUUACAGUUCUGACUGUUGGAAACCACAAUAGCACCAGUAUCAGUAUUUCUUGGGAUCCACCUCCUCCAGAUCACCAAAAUGGAAUCAUUCAAGAAUAUAAGAUAUGGUGCUUGGGUAAUGAAACAAAAUUUCAUAUCAACAAGACUGUUGAUGCAGCUAUCCGGUCUGUAAUUAUCGGAGGCCUAUAUCCAGGGAUUCAGUACAGAGUGGAAGUUGCAGCAAGUACCAGUGCUGGCACUGGAGUUAAAAGUGAACCACAACCUAUAAUAAUUGGAGGGCGUAAUGAAGUCAUCAUCACUGAAAACAACAAUAGCAUAACAGAACAAAUUACAGAUGUUGUCAAGCAACCUGCCUUUAUUGCUGGAAUUGGUGGUGCUUGCUGGGUUAUACUCAUGGGUUUCAGUAUCUGGCUCUAUUGGCGCAGAAAGAAGAGAAAGGGCCUUAGCAAUUAUGCAGUCCAGUCCUUCACCUUCACCCCUGCAGUCACUUUUCAAAGAGGAGAUGGAGGACUUAUGAGCAAUGGAAGUCGGCCAGGCUUGUUAAAUGCAAGUGAUCCAAGUUAUCCUUGGCUUGCGGAUUCUUGGCCUGCUACCAGCCUUCCUGUUAACAACAGUACCAAUGGACCAAGUGAUCUUGGGAAUUUUGGUCGUGGAGAUGUGCUACCUCCAAUGCCAGGGGAUAAAACUGCCACAAUGCUUUCUGAUGGAGCCAUUUAUAGCAGCAUUGACUUCAGUACCAAAACUAGUUACAAUAGUUCCAGCCAAAUAACACAAGCUACUCCAUAUGCCACAACGCAAAUACUGCAUUCCAACAGCAUCCAUGAAUUGGCGGUUGAUUUACCAGAUCCUCAGUGGAAAAGUUCAAUUCAGCAGAAAAGUGACUUAAUGGGAUUUGGUUACUCUCUUCCAGAUCAGGGAAAAGGCAACAAUGCUUUGCUUUACAUCCCUGACUACCGUUUGGCUGAGGGAUUGUCUAAUAGAAUGCCACACAACCAGUCACAAGAUUUCAGCACCACCAGCUCUCACAACAGUUCAGAAAGGAGUGACAGCCUCUCAGGUGGGAAAGGAGGAAAGAAAAAGAAAAACAAAAAUACUCCCAAGACUCAGAAAAAUAAUGGGUCUACCUGGGCCAGUGUUCCUCUUCCACCUCCUCCAAUACAUCCACUUCCAGGAACAGAGUUAGAACACUAUGGGGUGGAUCCACAAGAACAAGGGUACAACAGUGAUGUUUGGUGUCCACCUUUACCUGUCCAGACAUAUUUGCAUCAGGGAAUGGAGGAUGAACUUGAAGAAGAUGACAGAGUUCCUACACCCCCUGUCCGAGGAGUGGCUUCUUCCCCUGCAAUCUCUUUUGGACAACAGUCCACUGCAACUUUAACUCCCUCUCCUAGAGAAGAAAUGCAACCUAUGCUUCAGGCCCAUCUUGAUGAGUUGACCAGGGCAUAUCAGUUUGAUGUAGCAAAGCAAGCAUGGCACAAUCAAAUCAAUAUUCAGCCACCCCAGACCCCAGCUCCCCCAUUAGGAUAUGUUUCUGGAACAUUGAUAUCAGAUUUUGAAGCAGACAUUCCAGAGGAUGAAGAUGAGGAUGAUAUUGAAGAAGAGGCAAUAGAAAUCACAAGGCCAUUACGAGAUCUAGAGCAUACUUUAGGCUGCAGCAUGGACAAUCUUGACAGCUCUGUGACAGGCAAACCACAUUCCACUUCUCAGAAACUUCGCCCAACCAGCCCAUUUUCUACUGACAGCAAUACUAGUAUAAUCCAGAAUCAGAGUCAAAGGCCUAGGCCUAACCCUACCAAAAAACAGCCAUCCUUACCUUAUCGUAGAGAAGGCAUGGCAGAUGAUCUUCCACCACCACCUGACCCACCUCCUGGUCAGGGAAUAAGGCAACAGAUAGGUACAGGCCAACGUGGGGGUUCAACAGAAAGAAAAGGAAGCUCUUUAGAGCGACAGCAUCCAACCAACAUAGAUGAAACAAAGAGUUCUUUGGAUCGUCAAGCUAGAACAUCACUAGAGUGGCAACGGCAAACGCAGGAUUGGCUAACCUCCACAGAACUUCAAGGCCAGCAAAAGCAAGCCUUUGGAUCAGAAGAGACAUUGGUGCCAUAUAGCAAGCCUAGCUUCCCAUCCCCAGGUGGUCACAGCUCUUCAGGUACAGCAUCUUUUAAAGGAACAACUGGACCCAAAAAAACAGAUGUCAUGAAAGGAGGUCAUCAGCGCAACAUGAGCGACCUCAUUGAUGUAGGAUAUAUUGGAUUAAACAGUCAAGGACAGUUUCCUGAUGAAUUAUAGUAGUUGAAAAGAAACAUCUUCAGCUGCUUUCAAGGCCAUCAAGUCUCAACUCAUGGAAGUGAUGACACUAAACAGUGCAAUGAACAUUUUCUUUAUUUAUGUACUUACUAUUAAAGGAACUGUAAAUGCAAUGUAAAGAAACACAGCCACACAUAUCCCGCAGAUAUUCUACUCAUGUUCUUCUUUUACACCUUUCACUUUAAACUCUUUCUUAUUAAGCAUAUAUACUGGGGGGAAAAUCACCCUGCAGGAUGAAAUAAAUUUCCUUUGUACAUAAUUUCUUUUUAUUGCAUUGCUAUGCAAACUCACCUUCAUUUUGCUAUGUUCAUAUUAUUGUCUGUCCUUCUUGGUCUGUUGUACUAUAUGUGAAUUUAUAGGCUGUGGUGCCAUAUAAUAACUUUUAAUUGUGUAACAUUUUAUGUUUGAAGUUUGCACUGCAAUUUUUUGUUGGUGAUAAGCACAAAACUUUUAUGCCUCGUGUCAUGAAGAAGAAGAAGAAGAUUGAAUGUGAAAGGAGUCUAUGUACUGUAAGCUAUGUUGGAUAAUGCUGGAUGUAAUGAAUUAUGUUAGGUGGUUUUCCAUUUGGGUGUAGAAUUAGGAAGAUGACUGGCAAAACUGAUGUUAGCAAGAGUUGAUUGGGACAUCAGGAAUGGAAUACCAUCUGAAAUAGUAAACAAUGUUGCUUUUAUCGUUUAAAGAAAAAGGUCAAAUGAUGGAAGUAUCAGUUUCAAGAUCAGAUUAGAACAUGAAAGCCUCCUAUCUUCUUAGUAUCACUUUUUCAUUUAUUCAGUACAGUUGCACUCACUACAAAGGAAGGAAGUUAAGAUGUUUCACUAAAGCUGUUUUUAUGCUACUUUUUAUUUUAGAAAAGAGUAUUAUAAUUAAUUUGCUCUUCCAUCUGAAGGUUAUGAACCAUAUGAAGGUAGAGAAAUACUUAGCAAGACUUAAAGAUGCAAUUAUCAUUGAGAUAUCCAAGCUGCUUCCAAAAAUCUACAGUAUUCAUCUUUUCAAUACGUGCAGUAAAGAUGAAGAUGUAGAGCUAUGUCACUUGAAAUCCAUGAUCUAAUUUUUCUUAUGCAACUAACACAUAGUUUUUCUGUAUUAUUAUCUGAAGCUGUAAGACAUUGAAACCCAAUUCAUUUGUAUUUAAAUCUUGGGUUACAGUAAUUGAAAAGAAAGAUAUGGCAUAUUCAUGCUCAGUUUUAAAUCAAGGUGUUUCUUUUUAUGAAUUCACUACAUUACAGGAAACUGGUUUCAACAAGGAAAAGAAGACAUCUUUGACCUAUUUUUGAUGAUUAAAUUUCAAGCCUCUUCUUACAAAAACAAUGCAUGUUUAUACACUUUUUAAAUAAACCAAACUUGCUGUAAGUGGACAUUAACAAAAGCAUCCUGUCUCAUCAUUAAUUUUCAUGACUUUCUC